AUGAGUCGCGGAGUUGACCAACGCGACGACCCUUCUGUAGAUCAGAUAAUUAGAUCCUACAUCAGAAACAAACCUUCAGAGAACCAUAAAUUCACCAGCGAGCUGCUGUUAAACGCAACAUAUCUUAGAGAAUCACUCGAUGACAGACCAAGCGGAAAUGAUUCCCCUAUUGCCGCAAGACGUCCAGGAACUUCACAUUCCACGCAAAGCAGAAUUCGGCAUUCGGAGGUUGGUGACCUUUUACAGACACACAAACACCGAUUUACUGAAGAGAAGCCCUUCUCUCCUCGCACCAUACGCUCUAAUGCUUCAUCCAAACUUCGAGGUCUUCGUUGUUAUAACCCUCCAGUCAGAACAUCUAGAGUCAAAGCAGCAAACGCGGAGCAGUUGGAACCAGAGAGAAUCCGACCUGUUAGUGCAUUGGCCACAAAAUCUGAUUUGAAUGACGCAACCAGAAUAUCAAAAAGGCCAUCUAUACACUCAUAUGAAGGGGCUUUCGAGUCUCCCAACAAGUUGGAUCUCCUGCAGUCUGCAGGUCUUGGAAAAGCAUCCGCACAUCAACCUAGUCAAUUUUCCAAUCCUGAGCGUACUCACACACCUCAACCGACCAGCCUCACCCAGAAUCUUGACUGGGUGGACCAAUGGAUUCAAAGCCUUCCUGCUUCAGAAAAUACCAGUGAUAACCUUCAGUUGAGCAAAAAACUUGUUGAUGAUGGAGUCCAGGCAAGAAUAGAUACGUGGAGAGAGCGCAUAAACGACAAGCAUAAGGCUCUACUCUAUCUCAAUUUCAUCGAAGCUGUCACUAAUGAUGUGCUUGCUCGGGGCAUAUUCACAGACAGGUGCUGGCUGGACCGACGGGAUCGUGCAACCGUACCUUCCACAGCCAUUCGGCUCCCGAAGCGACGGAACAUAUUCAGACUACGUUCCGGUGGAUCGAAAUUGGUUCAAAUGCUCACGAACAAAAUACUUUCCGUAAUACAGGAACAGCUUCAGCAGGCAGCUGACCAGCUAAGGACGCAGUUGCGUAUCACAGAUGACAUUCAACUAGAAGAACCACAUCAUACAUCCGAAGACCAUAGAGUACCACAGGAGCCAGAAGUGAAAAGCACAAACGGAGACGAAACAGGACGACUUUUAAGCAGUCGACAGUCGGGAGGAACAGAUUUUGGCUACUGUACAUCACCUUUAGACCCGUUGCUGGCUGCUUCUCCGUCGCUAUCGACACGUCCUCCCGUCGCUCCGAUACGUGACAACCGAAAGCCUGGGUCACCUUCCAUGGUCAAACACUCUAUCUCAAAGAAGUGUACAGAAAGCAAGCGGAAGACACCAGAAGUAGACGCACCAAAAAGAACAACUGUAGGUGCCAAGGAAAGCAGCCCCAAAGUCGAGUCAAACAUUGAGACUGGUGCUCAACGAUACUGUGGUGAAAACCCAAAAAUGAAGAAACUACCAGGAAGUGAUCAGUCAAAUGAAGGGCAUACACACUCAACUAAUUCUGAUGCUCACUGGAGUGAAGGCGCGUCGCCACAAGACCACUCAUACCACGAAGAUACACUCAACGAUCCAACUACAAUGCCCAAUAUGUCUAGCUCAGUUCAACCGGCUGAUCUAUCUGAGUUAGCCGAUUCCUGUGAUCUUGGUGACGAACAACCGCAAUCCUACAGCUUCCAGUUUGAGGAUGAUGAGUUGGGAAAGUCGCCGGAAAACAAACCGGACAUUCUUCCCACUGACCUAACGCCAGCCGACGAACCUUUCGUGGUUUCGCGCACCAAACACACCCGUGUGACCUUUGCCUCAGAGGCUGAAUUCUUCUCCAUUCCCACUGGUAAUGAUUCGACAACAUCGCUUAGCAGUCUUACCAACCUAACUAGACUUAUGUCGCCUGAUCUUAUGAGUCCAUCAAAAAGUGAACUUGACGCGUCCUCGCUGCAAGCUAUCGCGGAAGGUGAUUCGAAUAUUACUGUAGAUAUCGAGCAGGAUAAAGAACAUACGGCAGCUGCGUACAACAGCGAGAUCUUACUAAAGAACGACGAAUUUUCUUCGGGCUGAAUUCAACAGGGUGGAAUACGAUAGCCAAUAUGUUAUUGGUUUUUUAAUUGAGUUUCUCAAGGUCCCAUUUUUCCGCUUAUUUUUCGGUAAAGAAAAGAAACUACUUUGUGUCUCGCAAUCACUAUUCAGACACAAUUUACUCUUCUUUAACAAACCUUAUUAGAAAGGUCGUUUCGAUUUUCAAUUUAGUGGACGUAACGAUCAAUGGUCAUUCGCUUGGAGGUCCAAAGUUACCUGGUAACCACGGGGUUAUUGGGUGCUGAAAAAUAUAUACUAG